AUGGCGAACAAGAAAUUGCAGAAGACCCACGUACCUGAUGAUAUUUUAGUCAAAAUUCUCUCCAGGUUGCCAGUCAAAUCCUUGAUCCGAUUCAUCUGCGUCUCAAAUCGCUGGCGUUUUCUGUUGUACGACCCGCAAUUCGCCAAAUACCACUUCAAAGUAGCAUCUGAGCAACAAACACUGAAUCCCAGCCUCCUCAUCUCCACUGCCUCUGAGCUCCGAUCCGUACACUUGGAAACGCCGUCGUUUGCAAUUGGUGGAAAUUCUUUGGUCAGAAAUCUCAGCUUCCCAUUCAAGAAACAGGGCCGCGCUGUCAAGGUACUGGGCUCCUGCAAUGGUUUGGUGUGUGUAGCUCUUGAUUUUCAUGAAUGCUUUUAUAUCUGGAACCCAUGCACUAGAUUCUUGCAGAAACUACCUGACCCAGAUUUCGGGUCAGAAGAAAUUAGGAGGCAUUACAAAUAUGGGUUUGGUUAUGCAUCCACCAUUGAUGACUACAAAGUUGUUGUGGGCGCGGAGUUGACGUAUGAAACUGACAGAGCUAACAGAUACCCUGUUGUGGUCUUCUCAUUGAGAGCCAACUCCUGGAAAAAGAUUCAAGCUCCCUUUUCACACCAUGGGCAUAGUGAGGGGGCUCUUUCAAAUGAGGCACUCCAUUGGCUGCACACAUCAAGUAGGCCACAACCAGCUGCAAUUGCUUUCGAUUUGGCAAAGGAGGAGUUCCGAAACGUGAUGUUGCCAAUUUGUGAAGAAAAUGAGUUGGGUUACAGACGAGUGGGGGUUCUUUUAGAAGGGUGCCUGUGUGCAUGGGCUAAUGGAUUUCCUGAUUUUGAAUAUCUUGAAAUCUGGGUCAUGAGAGAAUAUAAUGUGUAUGAAUCAUGGACUGUGCUAUUUAGGGUUGCCAAUGAUGUACCUAUGUUCAUUAGGGAAAGUGGUACAGUUGUGAUGCGGGAUCGUAAUUCCAAGAAUGUGGAGUUGAUAUGGCUUGAUAAAAACGAAGACAAGCUUAAAAAGGAUGUGGUUUUACGUGAGCGAUAUAUGCUUCAGGGGUUUGACUCUGGAAAUGACCUGACUCAAUAUGUUGAGAGUCUGCUACCUUUCGUCUCCAUCAUUUGCGAUCAACAAACACCAGUAGUAGCAAUUCCUCUUUCACAUCUGAUCACUGUCCAAGAGAUCACUGUUCAGAACAUCAGCAUUAUGGUUCCAAUGAAACUCACUGGCCCUAAUUUCACCAUAUGGAAAUGGCUAUUUCUUCAAGUUCUCAGGAAAUAUAGAGUAGAAGGUUUGGUUGAAGGGACAGAGAUCUGUCCACCUGCUUUUUUGUUUGAUACCAAUGGUAAAAUGACCAAUCAAGUGAAUCCAGCCUUUGAAAAAUGGAUGGAUCGGGAUCAAAGUGUAAAGGUUUGGCUUAAUUCAAGAAUCUCUGAAGAUUUAUUGCCAUAUACAGUUGGGGCUUCUUCCUCUCACGCACUCUGGACGAUCAUGAAGAAACGGUUUGCCGAUGCUGAUUGUCCCUUUGGUUGA